AUGCAGCGCCUAACCCUUCUCUCUACGAUUCUGUUAUGUUUCAUAAGUGCCUGUAACGCCCUCCAUUUCUACCUCGAUGCAAACCAGAAACGCUGUUUUAUUGAAGAAUUGCCGUCCGAUACCGUUGUCGAAGGACAUUAUAGAGCGCUGGAGUGGUCGGAGCAGCAGCAAAGAUAUAUUGAUAACCCAGAGCUGGGCAUUAUCGUUGAAGUCACCGAAGAGCCUUCUGGUCAUGUCGUAGUCAAAACCAACGGACCCCUGGACGGCAAAUUUACCUUCACCUCUCACGAAAACGGUGACCACGCCAUCUGCCUCUCCACCAACUACGCCUCAUGGUUCAGUCACACCCAUGUCCGAAUUGCCAUUGAUAUUGUGGUUGGCACGACGCGUCCCGAUGUCGAGAAGGAUCGGUCUCAUAUUAGUGAAUUGGCUAGCAAGAUUAGGGAUCUGAACAUCAAGAUGGAGGAUAUUCGGAGGGAACAGCAGUACCAGCGGGAGAGGGAGGCUGAUUUUAGGAAUUUGAGUGAGGCGACGAACGCGAGGGCUGUGUGGUACAGUCUGGCACAGCUGGCUGUCCUGAUUACGACCUGUGCAUGGCAGAUGAGGCACUUGAAGUCUUUCUUCCAGGACAGAAAGACGCGAUAGGGUUACUACUUAUAUCCUCCUUGUACUAUCGUUGGAUGUAAUUGCAUAUCUUAUGGGCCCC